GUAAGCAAAGUGUGAGAAGAUUUCACUACUGUGGACAGAGUAAAAGAAAUCGUGGAGCAAGCCGGUAAUCUGUGAUCAUGUCCUGCAAGUUUAGGCUUCUGCUAGAAAAUGCAGAGCAGAUGGUUGUGGUGUGCAGCAAGGAAGAGGAGUUUCUACUGAAGGAGGGGAUGCAGUGUUUGGCAGUACUGGAAAAGGCCAGCCUGGUGGUGGGAAAUGAUGGAUUCAUCAAGGCAGUAGGACCAGCAGAUGUUAUCCACCAACAAUUUUCUCAAGCGUCCUUUGAGACAAAAAUUAACUGUUCCGGCAAGUGUGUAUUUCCAGGAUUUAUAGAUGCGCAUACUCAUCCAGUAUGGGCUGGUGACAGAGUGAAUGAGUUUGCUAUGAAGCUUGCGGGAGCCACAUACAUGGAUAUUCACCAGGCUGGAGGAGGCAUUAAUGCUACAGUGGAGCAUACAGCUGCUGCAUCAGAGGAAGAGCUGUACAGCAGAUUCAAACAGCGUCUGGAACGAAUGCUCAGAACUGGAACCACCUUAGUCGAGUGCAAGAGUGGUUAUGGAUUAAAAUUAGAGACAGAGCUGAAGAUGCUGAGGGUAAUUGAACGCGCCCAAAGGGAGUUGGACAUUGGAAUCUCCUCUACUUACUGCGGAGCUCACUCAGUACCAAAGGGAAAAAGUGCAAUCGAGGCUGCAGAUGAUAUUAUUAGUAAUCAUUUACCUGCACUGAAACAGCUGGCACUGAACGGGGAAAUUCAUGUGGACAAUAUUGACGUCUUCUGUGAGAAGGGAGUAUUUGACUUGGAGUCUUCCAGGAGAAUCCUCCAGGCUGGUAAAGCCAUAGGACUGCAUCUAAACUUUCAUGGGGAUGAACUCAGUCCCAUGAAAUCUGCUGAGAUGGGUGCAGAAUUAGGAGCACAUGCUGUGAGUCACCUGGAAGAAAUAAGUGAUGAAGGCAUCACAGCACUGGCCAAAGCAAAGUGUUCUGCUGUCCUGUUGCCCACAACUGCUUAUAUCCUAAGGUUGAAACAACCAAGAGCGAGGGACAUGCUUGAUGCUGGAGUCAUAGUUUCUCUGGGAAGUGACUUCAAUCCUAAUGCAUAUUGCUUUUCUAUGCCCAUGGUCAUGCACUUGGCCUGUGUGAAUAUGAAGAUGUCACUGAAGGAAGCUAUUGCUGCUGCCACCAUCAACGCAGCCUAUUCUUUGGGGAGAUCUCACACACAUGGCUCUCUCGAGGUUGGAAAACAAGGGGAUGUGGUUGUGAUUAAUGCCUCACGAUGGGAGCACCUGAUAUAUCAGUUUGGUGGACAUCAGGAAUUAAUUGAGUAUGUUGCCAUCAAAGGAAAGAUUAUUUACAAGAAUGAGAGAGUUCUUGGUCUCUAACUAUUGCUGAAAGUGUCAUGUAUAGGAUUAUGUGCCCUAGACCCGUAAUGCAGCUCAUCGUAUCAUGAUAAUAAACCUUAUAUAUUUAA